AUGUCGUCCCUCCCACCCGGGCUCAUUCCUAAUGCUUUCAACCUGCCGACGGGAAUCACGAUCUCCAAGGACUUCUUCAUCGCAUCCCUAACACUGGCGUUCUGGGAGAUUCUAAUUCUUACUCCAAAGCUCCUGCAGCUUGCGACGUCAAGAAGAGAGUGGCCAGCGCUCAAAAUUCUGGUCAUUAUUUUACUCUUACUACUGUUCCCUCAAUGCAUUACGCUGGCUAUCGCAACGUACGAUUCAAGGCUUCCACGCAAUUUUUGCCACAGAUUCUACCUCUUCGAACCCAUAUGGUCUGCUUGCGUGCUCGCGCUUUGCUCAGUGGUACAUAUAAUACGAUUGACCGCUGUCUAUGACCGCUCUCGGCGCAUACUGUGCAGCAUGUCGGCGUUUGGUGUCGUCCAGGUCAUCUUGACGGCAGCCUGCAGUGCAUUCUUCCGUCCCUUACCCUUGUUAGAGGGCCAGGGCUGUGUCACUGUCCCGAAGGCAAAUUGGGUCGGGACGUUCUGGGUGGUGGUGUUUGGGUUCUAUCUCACAUCGUUUGCGCUGGCAUUGACUCGUGCAUUGCAAUCUCUGCAGCUCAGAAGGGUCCCCUUGGUGAAGCUGAUUUAUCGAGACAGCUUGCAGUUGUACCUCGGCAUUGCCAUAAUGAACGUUGUCAAUGUUGCUCUGUGUUUCGCACUUCCUUUCGACAUAGAAAGAUUCGCGGUGAAGACGGUGGCAAACAUGAUGACGACGGUCGUUACCACCACCUUUACUGUGCGCAUCAUUCUUGCGGCCGCAGAGCGCGGUUCUCUUGGCCACGGCGGUGUUUACUACGUGGGUCGCCCUAUCAACGUGAAGACCCCGGUCGACAUCGCACCCCCAUCCUCGACCGUAUUCAACCUACGACCGCCUACGACAGCUCAUGAUGUCUCGGAUGAGGAACGCGCUGAGGAUGGGAAGCGUUGGGAGGCUACUGAUACCGACGAUGCUCUGCCGAGCGUCAACAAGUCCAUGGAUCACACGAGUGCAGAAGUGGACGGUUCCCCACAGGCGCCUAGACUGGGUGGCGACGAGCAACAGGAUGAAGGCUUGCCCGUACAGGUUCAAGUCCAUGUGGCAACUGAGCUCGUGAUCCGCGAUGACCGAUGGCAACCAGUUUGA